UUCAUGUCCCCACAAUUAUUCGGUGCAUUGCAAAAAGCUAUGGCUAUAAGUGCCUCUUCCCCCUCACAAUUAACUACUUUAUUGAAUAAUUCAAACAAUCAACAACAACAAAAUGAUCAAAAUUCGACAACGAAUAAUUCGAAUAACCAGAAUACUUCAAAUAUUGCUACAAGUGUUUCUUCUGUAGCUAAUUUACCGGCUAAUGCAAAUGUUGGGUCGGGAGAGUUGUGUGUAGUUUGCGGUGAUAAAGCAUCGGGCUUCUUCAAACGCUCUAUACGUAAACAAAUUGCCUAUGUUUGCCGUGGCACAAAAGAUUGUCCAGUUACUAAAUUCCACAGGAAUCGCUGUCAAUUUUGCCGAUUAAAGAAAUGUUUGACUAAUGGGAUGAAAAGUGAAUCUGUCCAAGCUGAACGUCGGCCAAUGAAUGCAGCUUUGGCGGCCGCGUCCGCUGCUAUUUCUACUAGUUGUAGCAGUAAUAAUAAUAACCAUAGUUCUUCAUCUGCUGUAGCUGCAGUUGUUGCGACUUUAAGAAAUCGUUUUCCUUCAAUUAAUGCAUCUAAUUUGUCCCUUCCUUCACAUUCUUCAACUUCAUUUUUAUCGUCUUCUAACCAAUCCUUAACUACAAAUUUAUUUAAUAAUUGUGUACUGUCCACUUCUACCCCGUCUUCUUCUGCUUCGUUUUCAACACUAAAUCAAACAAAUUGUGGAAUUAGUUUUACACCAACCAGGAAACGUACUUUAACUAAAGAUGAUGAUAGAGGAGGGGAAGAUAAUUUUAGAAAUUCUCCUCCUGAACAACAACAACAAAUUUUAUCCAAAUCAAGUCAAUACAACAACAUACAACAAGGUCUUCUAGCAUUCGUUAACCGACACCAUCAACAACAACAUUUACUUCAACAAUCUUUACAACUUAACGAAACGUCUUCAACGGCUCCUUUUUGCUCUGAAAGUUCUUCAACAUUAAUUCCUUCCUUUGGCAACAUUACAAGUCCAAUAACAACAACUACUUCUCCUUUGUUAAAAUCAUUUUUUACGAAUACUUCGGGAAAUAUAUUAAAUCUAGGAAGAGGAACUAUUGUUUCUCCUCGUAAUCAUCAACAACAAACAAUUAUUGGAAGUCAAAGCUCUACAAGUACUUCUUCACAAUCACCCCCUUCUCCAUCAACUAAUGAAUUUGUUGGAAGUAGUAACAGUUUUUUGGCACAUUUGUUAAAUAGAGAAUUUAUGGGGCAGAAUUAUAAUAAUCAACAACAGCAACAUUCUGAUAUGGCUACAGAUUUUGUUGUUGGAUUCCAGAAUGCCCACCACCAACAGCAACAACAACAACAAUUAUUAAUGGUUGAUUUAAACAACCAACACCAUCAACAACAUUCUUCAACUACCGGAUCUUCGCGUGAUUCAACAAUUUCUGUCAAUGCUGUAUUGUCUGCUACAACCUCAACAAACAUUUCAAUACAUCCCCCACAAAAACAUUCUUUAAUUAGUUCAGAAUUAAUAUUUGAAUAUACGGAUCAACCAUUGAUAGAUACACAAAGUGUGAUAUUUGAUUUGCCUAUUCCUGCUAGACCUUCUUUGGAUAAAAAUGGAGAAGGAAAUAAAGGAAAUGAUUCUUCUUCUCAAGAUCAUAAACAAGCAUUGGGUUAUAUUUGUGAAAGUGCUUCUCGUCUUCUUUUCCUUUCAGUUCAUUGGGUUAAGGGAAUAUGCGCUUUAUCAGACAAACAUUCACUAGUAGAAUGGUUGAUGCGUUUAAGAUGGUGCGACCUUUUUAUUAUUGGUCUUUGCCAAUGUGCUCAGGAGUUGGAUCUGACUUCAAUGCUUCGUAGCAUUCAGGAUCAUCUUGGCAGUCUCUUAAAAUAUGGUAAUCAAAUUAAUCGUGAUCAUUAUGACAAAUUAUGUUCUCAAAUUAACCAAUUACUUAAUCUAGAGAAGCGCAUACGUAAUCUCAAUUUAUCAGCUACCGAAUUUGCUUAUAUGAAAGCUAUUGCUUUUAGUACUGAAGGAUUGCUUGAAGAUGCUCAAUUUGUACCAUUUUUGCGCCAGUUUAAUUCUCGAGCUUGCCAAGAGCUUUUUGCUCAUACUAUUGCUGCCUUUACUCAUUCAAGUAAUUCUCAACAUUUUUUUGUUGAGGAGAAACAGCGAUCUAAUUCUGAAGAGCCUCCAACAAAGAGGAAAAGGCUUCUUUCGUGUAGCAGCAAGAAUGGCAAUGAAGCGACAAAUUUUUGCUUACCCGAAGCUGCUUCAUUUACUGAUAGACAUCAUACUAGAAGCAAAAGCAAAGAUAUUAAUAAUGCUACUGAGGAAAGGCCUCAGAGAAGUGAGAGUGAGCCAGUCGGUCUCUUAACUAGAAUAAAUCUAGAAAACGAGAAUAAAUCUCAAAAAACGCCUGAGGCAACAAUUUUAAAAGAUAAAAUUCCUUCAAUAGCAGAUAAUCAUUUAACUUCAUUAAUUUCUGCAAUAGAGAGGCAUUCACAACUUCUUCAGUUAUUACCUAUUUUGCGCUUAUUUAAUGAACAAUUAAUUGUAGAAUUAUUUUUCAGUGGAUUAAUUGGCAGUCUUUCGAUAGAAACAGUCAUCCCUUUUAUUUUAAAUACUGACACUGAACAAAUAUUUGAACAACGUAAAAAUCCUCCACAACCUCCCCCUCCUCCACCACCUCCACCGCCAACAUCCCAAUCCUCUUUUGCUUCUUCUCUAAAAAAUCAAAAUAAUCCAGCUUAUUUUUGUUGCAAAAAAGAACCGAAAGAAGAAUUAGAACGGGACUAG